GGGCGUGCCCUGCCGGGCUCGGUGCCGCCUUCUGAGGAGCGCCGGGCCGCGCCGGGGCAGGGCUGGCGGCGGGGCCCGGCGGCCGGGCCGGGCCGGAGGGAGGCAGGGAGGGUUCCCGGAGCGGGGAGCACGUGCCGUCGCUGCCGGCGGAGGCGCGGAGCGGGCCCGGCCGUGCCGCUGCCGCCGCGGUCACUUCCCGCCAGCAGCGCUUCCCGCGGCGCUCGGUGCGCGCUGCGGGGCUCGGGCUCUGCCGGGGAAGCGCAGCCGGCGGCACCGCUCCCGCUGCGGGGAGCCGGGCCCGGCCGAGGGCAGCGCUCCCGCUUCUGCUGGGCAGAGGUGUCUGCUGGCCGGAGGCUGGGCCACGGCGCCCGAGGCUGUCCCAACAGGGGUAUGUUGCCCCUGCAGGCAUGAGAAAGUGUCAACAGCAAACUGAUGGUCUCCUGGCACAGGUCAGGGGACGAUAUUUCAAUUACUUAAGGAAUUCUAAGAAUUUUUUCCGACAUAGCACUGAUUCUACUAAAAAAAAUCUGUUAAAGUUAACAUCAGUGAAAAUGUGUGGCUGUAUUUACUCCUUACCCUUAAAUACCUCUUAUGCAGGGGUUCCUGAAGGAGGCAUAGUAUGAGUAACAGAUCCAUGUUACCUUAUCGGGAAGGGUUUCUUAUUGAAAAAAAGCCUUUCACUCUAUUACAGUAAUGGUAGAAUAGUCAGCCUGCAACUAAACUUUGUUUUGAGCUUGAAACUAAAUGUAGAGGAAAAUCUACUUUGAGAGUUCUUUUGAGAUGAUCUAGCUAAUACAGUGAUCUAGCUAAUACAGUGUGGGAUCUAAUUGUUCUAGUUACGGGGGUUGACUGUAAUUGUUUAUAAAUUAAACUUAAUGACUACUUGCUUUAUUUUAACCUUUUUUUUAAUGUUUCAUGUGGUACUGAUACAGACUUUUGGCACAUGGAAGGAACAAGUUAGUAUAGUUUAUUAAGAAAGCCCUUAAAAUCUUUUGUAGGAUUUUGCAUGCAGUUCAGACUGUGAUUGCUGUUCAUUGGAGCUUUUUGUCAGUGUUCACUGCUGCACAGCAACUGAAAACUAUUGAUCUGGAAGUUGUCUUGUGCCAAAUGACUGAGCUAAAGAGUCUGAAGUGAGCAUGUGCAUAUGCAAAGCCUAGAAUUUCACUUAAAUUAGAAGGCUGCUUCUGCUUUUGUUCUAAAUAGGUUAGAGCUCAGUCACUGAACUGAAUUCCAUGCAUGGCAAGUUUGAGUCUUUCUUAGUCUUCCCUACUAAGACUACUAAGUUUGUUACUUGCAGCAGAAAGGAUGCUUUUCAGAAAACUUACCCAUGUAUAAGACUUAUUCUAAAGGACUUGUCCUAAGUCUUGUGUUGGAUCAUGCUUUUUGGUAUUUACCUUGAAAACACUGCUAAGGAAGUAGACUUUGUUUUUUUUUCUUCUUAACAGUGAAGCUGAGCCUUAUGUAAAAAUUGAGUUUUUGGUUUUGAGUAUUUUGGUACUUGGGCUGAGGCAGACUGGGACAGCAGGCAGAAACUGCUCUGUAGGUUGCCAUUAAAUUAAAUCAGAUCGGGUAUAAUGUAAAAUAGAACACUGAUUUCUCUCACAAGCAGGGUGUUAGGACAGUACCAGCACCUGAGUGGUGGGGAAGUGUUAGUCUCCUGCAGUCAGGGCGGCUCAUGUGGGGCGUCUCUGAAGUAACUGCAACUCUCAGCUUGGGUGCUCCCGCCUGGGUUUUGUAAUGUGCUUUAUAGAUAAAUGGAUCACACUCAGCAUAGCUGGCAACUAACACUUGUUGAAAUCAUGCUUUAAAGAGUGUUACAGUGUUAGGUACAGGUGCAAGCACAGCACCUUUCAAGGCUGUAAGUGCUGAAGAACUACAAGUAAGUUCCAAGGAUUGAAUGUGGCUUUGAGAUCAGGAAGAGGAGGAAAUGGCAAUACUGCAGACUGCAGUAGGCUGAACAGUUACUGGGGAAUUACACUACUAAAAGAAGAAGAUGAGGCUGCCAACAGGGCAUUCUGAUGAAGAACAUAAUUUCCUGUAACAAGGGCACCUGAGGGGAGUUUUCCCUGCUUCUUUGUUGCCAGUCAUCUAGACGCUAUGAAAGAUGUUACUGCCCUGCAAGCAGCAGAAGAGCAGAAGGUGUAUGGUCAAAUCUCCCCAUGAACUGUGCAAGACAUGAGUGCAAAACCAUCUCUGCCAGCAGCCUCUGUGAUCACAGCUGGUGAAAAUGGCUGAAAAUGGAAAUGGUGAAAACAUGUCUAUCUUGGAAAGCAAAAUCUGUCAGCAAAUUGAGUACUAUUUUGGCAAUCACAAUUUACCAAGAGACAAGUUUCUAAAGGAACAGAUCAAACUAGAUGAUGGCUGGGUACCUUUAGAAGUAAUGAUCAAAUUCAACAGGUUAAGUCGCCUUUCAAAAGAUUUUGGUGUUAUUGUAGAAGCACUGAGAAAAUCCAAGACUGGUUUAAUGGAAAUAAAUGAAGACAAAACUAAAAUCAGAAGAUCUCCAAAUAAACCCCUUCCUGAAUUAAAUGACCAGUAUAAGGCUGCAAUUAAAAACAGAUCUGUAUACGUUAAAGGCUUUCCACUAGAUGCUACUCUUGAUGAUAUCAAAGAAUGGCUUGAGGAUAAAGGUCCAGUUGAAAAUAUUCAAAUGAGGAGAACAUUGCAGAGAACGUUUAAGGGCUCAAUAUUUGCAGUUUUUGACAGUGUUGAAUCUGCUAAGAAGUUCACAGAGAUACCAAAUCAAAAGUACAAAGACACAGAGCUGAUAGUACUUUUCAAGGAGGAGUAUUGUACAAAGAAGAAUGAAGAAAGGAAACAAAACAAAGUAGAAGCAAAAGCAAGAGCUAAACAGGAAAAAGAAGAAAAGCAGAAACAAGCAGCAGAUGCUGAAAUGAAGUCUCUGGAAGAAAAGACAGGAUGUCUUUUGAAGUUUUCUGGUGAUCUAGAUGACCAAACGUGCAGAGAAGACCUCCAUGAUGUAUUUUCUGGUCACGGAGAAAUCAAGUGGAUACACUUUGUUAGAGGUGCUAAAGAGGGAAUUAUCCUAUUUAAGGAUAUUGCCAAAGAAGCUCUGGAAAAAGCCAAAGCAGCACAUAAUGGAAACUUGCAGCUCCGGAACAAGGAUGUUUCAUGGGAAGUGCUAGAAGGAGAUGCAGAGAAAGAAGCUCUGAAAAAAAUCCUGGAAGAUCAGCAGGAAUUGCUGAAACAGAAAACAAAAGGGCGCAAAAUCAAAGGAAAAGGAAGAGGGGGAAAGAUACCUCAGGGUACACAAAAAGGAAAAAUACAGUUUCAGGGCAAGAAAAUAAAGUUUGAGAAUGAUGAAGAAGAUGGUGAAAAUGAUACUAAAACAGAACCAGCAAGUCCCAAGAAGAGACCACUAGAGGAAACAGAAAAGGAAGAACCUGCACCAAAACAACUGAAAACAGAAAAUGGAGAUGGCAAUCAGUAAUAGUCAAAUAAAAGAAUUAAAAAAAUUAGUGGUUUUAUUGUUCCAUUUCCAACAGAUUUUAAAUACAUGCCUCAGUUCAGGACUUUUUGGCAGAAAAUCUAAUGAAAUCCACUUCAAUGUCAACCUACAAUUAGAGAAAAGUUUCAUUUUAUUGGGUUACAGCUUUUUUUUUGUUUAAGAAGCAUGCUUACUGCUAACACAAAAACCUUGAAAACUUUUCUAUUUAUAGUUUUGUUUAUACUGUCAGAUCUUCUCGAUUUGUCUGGCAUCUCAUUCAAAUGUAAAAGGUUUUGGACUUUGUAAUAUUGUGGUUAUGUUUAAUAGCAGCUGGCAAUAAAUUCAGAACUUAAAACUG